GCGUAUUUCUCCCACUAUAGCAAACCGCAUUGUCCCCCGGCCUGGCCAAUCCUUCUCUCCGCUAGCCACGAGCGGCGCGUGCACGCGACCCCGGUUAUUCCGCCGCCGCCUCCCCUCCGCUUGCGAUAAAACCCUAGGCGCCGAGCGCAGGGCUCGAAAGGCCUUUUCGCCGCCCUCGCGAAGAGAUGGAGGAAGGAGCGAGAGCGGAGAUCGCCCCCCACCCUCCCACCCUCGUCGACGACGGCGAGAUCAAUGACUGGAGCAAGGAGGACGACGAGCCCAUGGAGGAGGUUCGACCCCCCGCCGCUGCCACCGAUGAUAAGCUAGCGCCUUCUCCCGCUGAAGAUGUCAAAGUGAUUCAGUCAAACUUUCAGUCCUUGCAGUUGGAGACAAAAGUGAAAGAUAAGGAGGCAGUUGCAACUGAGGAAGUUGAAGACCUGGAUGAAAAGGAAGAAAACAAGAAGCGACACCUAAAUGUUGUUUUCAUCGGUCAUGUUGAUGCUGGUAAGUCUACAACUGGAGGUCAGAUACUUUUCCUCAGUGGUCAGGUUGAUGAUCGAACUAUACAGAAAUAUGAGAAGGAAGCAAAAGACAAAAGCAGAGAAAGCUGGUACAUGGCUUAUAUUAUGGACACAAAUGAGGAAGAACGCAUAAAGGGAAAGACUGUGGAGGUUGGCAGAGCCCAUUUCGAGACAGAAAAUACAAGAUUCACAAUUUUAGAUGCUCCGGGUCAUAAAAGUUAUGUGCCAAACAUGAUCAGUGGUGCUUCUCAAGCUGAUAUCGGUGUUCUGGUUAUAUCUGCUCGAAAGGGUGAAUUUGAAACUGGAUAUGAAAGAGGAGGACAGACUCGUGAGCAUGUUCAACUUGCAAAAACAUUGGGUGUUGCUAAGUUGAUUGUUGUCAUCAACAAAAUGGAUGAUCCUACUGUGACAUGGUCCAAAGAAAGGUUCGACGAAAUAGAGUCUAAGAUGGUUCCCUUCCUCAAGUCUUCAGGUUACUUAAGGAAAGAUGUUCAAUUUCUUCCUAUCUCUGGUUUGGUGGGUACCAAUAUGAAGACCAGAGUGGAGAAAAGCGUUUGUGAUUGGUGGAAUGGUCCUUGUCUUUUUGAAGUUUUAGAUUCAAUUGAAGUUCCUCCACGUGAUCCUAAAGGUCCUCUCAGGAUGCCAAUUAUUGAUAAAUACAGAGACAUGGGAACUGUUGUGAUGGGAAAAAUAGAGUCUGGAAGUAUUCGUGAAGGUGACAGCUUGUUGGUCAUGCCCAACAAAACUAACGUAAAAGUGCUUACCAUACACUGUGAUGAAAAUAAAGUAAGACAUGCUGGACCUGGUGAGAAUGUCCGGAUCAAAUUGUCAGGGAUUGAAGAAGAGGAUAUUGUGGCUGGUUUUGUCCUUUCAAGCAUUGCAAAUCCAAUAGGGGCUGUUGCUGAAUUCAAUGCCCAGUUGCAGAUUCUUGAAUUGAUCGACAAUGCAAUUUUCACUGCUGGUUACAAGGCAGUAUUACACAUUCAUGCAAUUGUUGAGGAGUGUGAGAUUGUAGAUCUUAUAGAAGAAAUUGACUUGAAGAGAAAGAACACUGAUCCUAAGAAAAAGAAGCCAAAGAGAAAGCCUCUUUUCGUUAAGAAUGGUGCUGUUGUUGUCUGCCGCAUUCAGGUGAAUAACAUGAUAUGCAUCGAGAACUUUUCAGAUUUUGCCCAGCUUGGAAGGUUUACCCUUCGUACCGAAGGGAAAACAGUUGCAGUAGGGAAGGUUGUUGCACUUCCUCCUCCAGGAAGCUCAGCUUUUGUUUCUUAAACAAAUUUUGGUUUAGAAGGAAGAGAUAUUUCUGUUCUACUAGCCCACCAAGUUGGAGUACAGUUAUUCAGUUAGCAUGAGCAUUAUUUCUGAAGCAGCCUUGAAGUUUGUGGUUUAUAUUUAUGAGUAACAAAAGGAUAAACGGGAUGAAUCUUGAUUCAUAGUUGCGGUAGAAAGGAGAAUUAUGAUUUGUAUGAUUGAGCUUGUGUCGUUUUUCCUUUUUAAUGACAUGAAAUACCAUUCACCCUUUGCUGGGUGUGAGAUAAAAUUACUUGAGCAUGGCUUGUCUAUACUUGCUUUACCAGUUCUUUAUACGCAUGUACUAGCAAUUUUUCUAUAGCUAUGUUGGAAGGGAUUCUUAUGAUCCCAUAUGGUGAAGCCUGUGUCAUUUCUUUUAUGAUGUGAAAUACCACAUCCUCCACCAUGUGAUUUA